AUGGAACCUUCAACGACAUCAUCAUCUACGUCUUCACCUGCAAAGCGACGCGCCCUCGCUCCAUUGGAUGCCAACGCGCUUGGUACACCAAAGAAUCUGUUUAAGCCUACGCUGGGUCAUAGUCCUGUCAAGAUGGCUAUUGAGGGCAGGAAGAGGCUGCUCGAUAUCGAGGGUAGCGCGCCGGCAGCCAAGAAGGCGUGUCUGGGACGUGAUGAGGACGCGUCUGUGAGAAGUGCCAGUCCUGACGUGAGCUCCGUGUUCGACACGUCUGCCAACGAUGCAUCAUGGGCUACCACCACGAGCGAUCAUGAUACAGCGCCCCCAGCUACAGAACAGACUCCACAGCAACCUACAAUACUAUCACGCCAGCAAAUAAGACAAAGAGCAGAAACACUCCGUCUUCGCCUAUCGCUCGCCAACUAUAAAGUCCGCACAGGCCAAACGACUGUGCCCCUCUCCGAACUCCAGCAGCGACCACUGCCCCGCGAAUCCCCGCGUGUUGUCCGCGUGCAGAGUCCCGUAUCCCCCGUUGUGCUUGCACCUGCACCUGCGCCUGUCCAAGAGGAAGUGGAAGAGGUUGUUGAGACGAGGAGUCGACGAGACUCUAUAGAUUCCCAGGCAACGGAGAUUGCACCAUCAGAGGACGAGGAGCAAAGCUGA